ACACGUAUUCCUUCUCAGUGCUUCUCGCUUAUUUUAUGGUCAUAUACGAACCAAGUUUGACGUGUACCAAUUCGCCGGCGAAUGAACUCUGUGUAUCGUUAUUUGUCUCGAGCAAGUUAAUAAUGUUACAAAUAGCGUUUUUAAUCGCAGUAUGUAUUUCUUCCGGCGCGUAUGCUGCAAGUCUCGAGACGGUGCACGAUGAAGAACUUCUCAAUCUCAUAAAGACCGAAAAAUAUGUAGUCGUCUUAUUUACAAAGAAAGAUUGUCCAGAAUGUGAAAACUAUGAAAAUCAGUUGAUCCACUUGCGCGAAGACUUGGUAGAUUCCUUGUCAGCAUGGAUUGUAAAGGCAGUCGAUAGUCAAUUAUUACAACUGUAUAGCACCGACAAAGAACCAAUUCUACUUUUCUUCAGACACGGGCUUCCUUUGUUAUAUGACGGACGUUUGAAUGACGACGAUAUAUUGACUAUGUUUACGGAAAAUAAAGUACCUGCAGUGAAGGAACUCACAGAUGAUACAUUUGAGCAUUUAACUCAAGCGAGUAGCGGCGCUACAACAGGCGAUUGGUUUGUCAUGUUUUACAGCACAGACUGUGUACAAUGCUUGCGUAUGAUUGCAAGAUGGGAAACAGUUGCUGCAAAGCUCAAGCAGAGAGUAAAUGUAGCACUUAUCAAUAAAUCCACAACUGGAGCUUCCACAGCCAGGAGAUUUAAUAUUUAUGAUACUCCACAAUUUAUAUUUUUCAGACAUGGCAAGAUGUACCGAUACGAAACAGGAAGGCAUGAUAUCAAUUCCCUUGUGUCAUUUGCCAAAGAAUGGUACAAAAAUGUGAAAGCAGACAAAGUCCCUGUGCCUCAAAGUCCCUUCGAUAAUCUUGUACAAAUUAUUGCAAACUUUCUUCUUGAUAAUCCAUGGGUACUUAAACUAGGCAGUAUUUGUAUCGGAGUAUUAGUUGUUAUUACAGUUGCAUCAAAAUGCAGGCAAAAGCCCGAGGCUGCGCAGAAAAAGGAGAAGUAGAUCUACUGCAUUUGAUUUGCCAAAGAUACAUGAUCGUUUCUCUAUAUUCCAGUUACUAUCUAACGGUGG